AGGAGAGAUGUUGCUGUCAGGAGUGUUGAGAGUGACAACUCUAGUGUGGUUGGUCAACUUGUCCUUCGCAAUGAGACGCUGGCCGUUCUUCACAGCUCCUGAGUUGACGUUCGAGUCUGGUGAAGCCUUCAACACCCUCACAGUUGACUAUCCAUGUACUUGUAAGUCUGUAUGCUUGGCGAUGGACGAGUGCUUGGCAUGGACAGCUGUACAGAAUGGAAGUAAAUGGGAGUGUCUUCACACCCAGGUUGGUCCCUCACCUUCCUUCAACCUCACUAAGGACUCCAGCUCGGUCUACGGCUACUUUGAAGAUUCAUUGUUGGGUAUUAGGGAUGCAGUCCAGGCAGAGGAUGACUACCAUUACUUCAUACCAAAUACCACAUUAAUGUUCAACGAAGCAAAAGACUACUGUGAAAGCAUUCCAGGCUUCAGACUCGCUAUUUUCAGGACUGAACAGCAAAUGAAUUUCAGUCUGGCAUUGGCUUCUGCUUACAAUAUAGAACGUAAGAAAUGA